CUCCGCUCCGACCGCUCCGAGCCGAGCCGAGCCGAGCCGAGCCGAGCCGAGCCGAGCCGAGCCGAGCCGAGCCGUGCCGUGCCGAGCCGUGCCGCUCCCGCCAUGAUCGCAUCGCACCUCCUCGCUUACUUCUUCACCGAGCUCAACCAUGACCAGGCGCAGAAGGUGGACAAGUACCUGUACCACAUGCGGCUCUCGGAUGAGACCCUGCAGGAGGUGUCCCAGCGCUUUGAGAAGGAGAUGGAGAAGGGGCUGGGGGCAGACACCAACCCCACGGCCUCCGUGAAGAUGCUGCCCACCUUUGUGAGGUCCACCCCGGAUGGGACAGAGGACGGCGAUUUCCUGGCCCUGGACCUGGGGGGCACCAACUUCCGAGUGCUGCGGGUGAAGGUGUCGGACAACGGGCUGCGCAAGGUGGAGAUGGAGAACCAGAUCUACGCCAUCCCCGAGGAGCUGAUGAGGGGCAGCGGGGUCCAGCUUUUUGACCACAUUGCUGAGUGUUUGGCCAACUUCCUGGACAAGCUGCAAAUCAAAGACAAGAAGCUCCCCCUGGGCUUCACCUUCUCCUUCCCAUGUCACCAGACCAAGCUGGACGAGAGCAUCCUCGUGACGUGGACCAAGGGGUUCAAGUGCAGCAGCGUGGAGGGCAGGGACGUGGUGUCCCUGCUGCGCAGGUCCAUCAAGAAAAGAGGGGACUUUGACAUCGACAUCGUGGCCGUGGUGAACGACACCGUGGGCACCAUGAUGACCUGUGGCUAUGAUGACCACAACUGUGAAGUUGGCCUCAUUGUUGGAACUGGAACCAACGCCUGCUACAUGGAGGAGAUGAGGCACAUCGACCUGGUGGAGGGGGACGAGGGCAGGAUGUGCAUCAACAUGGAGUGGGGAGCCUUUGGUGACGACGGGGUGCUCAACGACAUCCGCACCGAGUUCGACCGCGAGAUCGACAUGGGCUCGCUCAACCCUGGCAAACAAUUGUUUGAGAAGAUGAUCAGCGGGAUGUACAUGGGGGAGCUGGUCAGGCUCAUCCUGGUGAAGAUGGCCAAGGAUGGGCUGCUCUUUGGGGGAAGGCUCACGCCAGAUCUGCUCACCACGGGCCACUUUGAGACCAGAUUUGUGUCUGCCAUUGAGAAGGAGAAGGAGGGGCUGCAGAAAGCCCACGAGAUCCUGAGCAAGCUGGGGCUGGAGCCGUCGCACGAGGACUGCGUGGCCACGCUGCGCAUCUGCCAGAUCGUGUCCACGCGCUCGGCCGCGCUCUGCGGGGCCACGCUGGCCGCGGUGCUGCGCCGCAUCCGCGACAACAAGGGCGGCGACAAGCUGCGCUCCACCGUGGGCGUGGAUGGAUCUGUGUACAAGAAACACCCUCACUUUGCCCGCCGCCUCCACAAGACCGUGCGGAAGCUGCUGCCCGACUGCGAGAUUCGCUUCAUCCGCUCCGAGGACGGCAGCGGCAAAGGGGCGGCCAUGGUGACCGCCGUGGCCUACAGGCUGGCUGCACAGCACCAGGCCCGCCAGAAGAUCCUGGAGCCCCUCAAGCUGAGCCACGAGCAGCUGCUGGAGGUGAAGGAGAGGAUGAGGAUAGAGAUGGAGAAAGGGCUGGGCAAGGAGACGCACGCGGAGGCGACGGUGAAGAUGCUGCCCACCUACGUGUGCUCCACUCCUGAUGGAACAGAAAAGGGAGAUUUCCUGGCCCUGGACCUGGGAGGAACCAACUUCCGUGUGCUGCUGGUGCGCGUCAGGAACGGGAUGCGGCGCGGGGUGGAGAUGCACAACAAGAUCUACUCCAUCCCCGUGGAGAUCAUGCAGGGCACGGGAGAGGAGCUCUUUGACCACAUUGUCCACUGCAUCUCGGAUUUCCUGGAGUACAUGGGGAUGAAGGGCGUGUCGCUGCCGCUGGGAUUCACCUUCUCCUUCCCUUGCCAGCAGAACAACCUGGACGAGGGAAUUCUCCUGAAGUGGACAAAAGGUUUCAAGGCGACGGGCUGCGAGGGAGAGGACGUGGUGGGGCUGCUGAAGGAGGCCAUUCACAGGAGAGAGGAAUUUGACCUGGACGUGGUGGCAGUGGUCAAUGACACUGUUGGCACCAUGAUGACCUGUGGCUACGAGGAUCCCUACUGUGAAGUUGGGCUGAUUGUUGGCACGGGCAGCAACGCCUGCUACAUGGAGGAGAUGAGGAACGUGGAGCUGGUGGAAGGGGACGAGGGCAGGAUGUGUGUGAACAUGGAGUGGGGGGCCUUUGGGGACAGCGGCUGCCUGGAUGACAUCCGGACGGAGUUCGACGUGGCCGUGGAUGAGCUGUCCCUCAACCCUGGCAAGCAGAGGUAUGAGAAGAUGAUCAGUGGGAUGUACCUGGGGGAAAUCGUCCGCAACAUCCUGAUGGACUUCACCAAGAAAGGGCUGCUCUUCCGGGGACGGAUCUCGGAGAGGCUGAAGACCAGAGGGAUCUUUGAGACCAAGUUCCUGUCCCAGAUAGAGAGCGACUGCCUGGCCCUGCUGCAGGUGCGCUCCAUCCUGCAGCACCUGGGCCUGGAGUCCACGUGCGACGACAGCAUCAUCGUCAAGGAGGUGUGCACGGUGGUGGCGCGGCGCGCGGCCCAGCUCUGCGGCGCCGGCAUGGCCGCCGUGGUGGACAAGAUCCGCGAGAACCGCGGCCUGGACUUCCUCAAGGUCACCGUGGGCGUGGACGGGACGCUCUACAAGCUGCACCCUCACUUCUCCACGGUGCUGCAGGAGACAGUGAAGGAGCUGUCCCCCAAGUGUGAAGUGACCUUCCUGCAGUCGGAGGACGGCAGCGGCAAAGGCGCCGCGCUGAUCACGGCCGUGGCCUGCCGCAUCCGCGAGGCCGGCCAGCGGUAGAGGGAAGCAGGUUUGCCCCAGAGCUUGGUUUCAGCAGAACAGGACGUUUCCUCACCCAGCCCCUCCCUCCUCCCUCUGCACACACUCACACUCCCCCUCCCCUCCAAGCAGACUCGUAGCUUUACUCGUUCUCCGGGGCGCCACGGCGGGACUGGAGACGCCGCCGUGGGCUCUGUACCAAGUGUUGUCGUAGGAGUUUCCUUGCAUGCCAUAAAACCAGCUGUCGAGUAAAGCUCACAGUGUCCUUUGGCUUCUCCCUGCAUUCCCAGGUGGAGCUGGAGCUGUCCCACCUCCGUCACACCCCAGCUCUCCUCCCGCCACUGGCCCUCCCCUAGCAGCAGUAGGGAUAACACUCGGAUAAUUCAGACACUGCAUUGUCACUUUAACAGAACCUAUUUAUGUGUGUCGGAGCCGUAGCUGUCCGUGCUGUAGAAGCAAACCUCUAAGAUUGGGCUAAAGACCUCCACUCGUCUUUUACCCUGAUCAAGGCUGUAUUAUUUCCAUGAAAGUCAUGGUAACUCUUAAAGCACAGGGUGCAGAGUUCCACGGGCGUGGCUGUGGCUGCACUGGAGGUACCGCGUGCCUCCCUUGGUGAGCGGCCCCAGAGGAGCUGCAGGGCCCCUCAGCCACCCCAGCAGAGCACGUGCCUGGAAAUAAUUGGGGACUCAGGGUCUGAUCCCAUUUCCUGACCUCUCCCCUGCAAUAGUGUGUAGGAAUGUGGCGUGUGUAGGGUCGUGUUCCCCCCGGGCACCUCCAGGAGCCACGGGUCAGUUCUGCCCUGCCAAGCCCCACACCCGUGGCCGUGUCUGCCCUUGGCGUGCAGAGUCUGGUUUGCUUUGUGUCUGUGAAAUAGUUCUGCGGCUGCAGCCUUUAGGUGGCACCUGAUUUAUACACUGUAUAUUUAUGUUUUAAGAGAUCUGAUGUCUUUUUAUGUACAUAGUCUUGGGGGGGUUGUAUCACUUAGUUUUAAUGUCACCUUUUCAUGUUGUUGAAGAAGAGUACAGAGUAAUUAUUUUCUUUUUUUUUUUUUCUUCUGUCAUGUAAUUUUUUUUUUUAAUUUAAAAUUUUCUUGGGGUAGACUGGAGAAAGAGACCCAAAUACCUGAGGAACUGUUGUACAAGAGGUUUGGGCAUUCUGACUUUAUCACCAGGACAAAAGGGAAAGCAGCAGGAAGCCAGGGCGUGCAGGGGCCCUGCGGUGAUGCUGGUGGCUUCAGGCUGGGUUUAACCUCAGCAGAGGUUUUGUUUUGUCCCCUGCCCUCCCCAGCUGUGCUCUGGAAGGUCACAUCCAUGGGGGUGUGACACAGCCAGGGCCCUGCAGGUCCCCCUGUGCCCGCAGCAUCACCUGUGUGCCAUGGCCCAGUGCAGGGAUCCGUUUUUGCCAACAGGAAACUCUGGAUGAACUAAAAGCUGCAGUGAGAGGAGGCAGACAGAGGGUGGGGGGGAUUUUCUGUAAAUAUUUAGCAGAAGUUAAUGAAAUUUCAGUGAUGUACAAAAAAAAAAUAUAUAACUAAUAAACCCCACAAACAGCCCUUCAGAUUGGAGGAUAGAGUUUUGUCUAUUUUUAUGUAUAUUUUUAUACUGCUUGGGGUAACCUCAUUACCAAAAGUCUCUCUUCUGUGUUGGGGGUAAAGUUCAGUAGCACAAUUUUAAAGGAAAAUUACUCUUUUGGGCAUUUUAAAUGCUUAUUUUUUUAUAAGCCUCAAGACAAUUAUAACAAAUAAAACCUGUGUAUAGAAAUGAUGUAAGAAACCAAGUUUAGUGGAAGUUUUAGAAGCUGUCAAAUAAAUCUUUGAAGGAUGAUACAGAAAUCCUCUAAUCUGGUACCAAGCAGUUUUGUGUGAUUUUUUUUUUCCUCAGAAAACCAGCAUUUUGCCUACUGAAAAAUCAAACCAGAAAUCUUUUUAGCUGCUGCACUGUGCAGAGUUGCAUUAGUGGCUGUUUUUACUCUUAGCCAGCUGUGCCCCUGCUGAAAUCCAUAGUGUUUUCAUCUGUUAGUGAGUGCAAUUGUACAGUUUUGGGGGCAGAAUGGAAAGGGUGGGGACCUGAGCAGCCUGGCCUGGAGCAGGGGCAGCACAGUCCCCUCACCUGCCUGGGCUGAAGGAGGGGCUGCAGCUCACAGGGGUGAGGAGGAGGAGGAGGAUCACCCUUGUGGGUGCUGGAUUUUCGGCUGGGCUUGGUCAGAGGAACUCCCCCUGGCUCCCCAGGGCUCCCCCAAGGCUGGGAAGCUUCUGCUUAGGCUCAGAAUCAGGCAGGCUCUGCAAUGCUCCUGGUUCAAAGCGUUGCAGGACAGCUGUGGGUGCAGGCCCACCCUCCCUGGGGCUGCAGGGGGGUCUGGGGAGCCCCUGGAGGGGUCUGGGGAGCCCCUGAAGGGUUUGGGGAGCCCCUGGAGGGUUUGGGAUCCCCUGGAAGGGUUUGGGAUCCCCAGGGGGACCAGCCCUGCAGGGGUUGGAUGCCCAGCCCAGCUGGAAGCAGAACCUCACGCCAAAAACGUCGCCAUGGGAUGUUCUGUGAAUGUGUUUAAAAUGAAGAAGGGAAGAUUAAAUCCUAAUUACUGAUAUGAAGGGAAGAUCAAAUGAUUAUCUGUGGGGACAGACAGACAGACUGCUCAGCCUGAUUUGUCUUCCCUGCAGCAAGAAGUGCUGCUUUGUGGGUUUAGGAUGUUUUGUUUUGCUUGGUUGUUCCCAUCUGGAUGCAUUUUCUUUGCUUUCCGGGGUGCUGGAACGUUCCCUGGCCACGCAGGCAGCAGGGAGCAGAGUCUCUGCCCUUCCCUCCCUGGCCCAUCUCCCCUCCUUGGUACUUUGGACAGGAUUUUAUUGGGCUUCUAAAAUAUGUGUACAUCUAUAUAAACACAAUCAGCAAAUUACUGAGACUUGUAAGCAGAAUUUGCUGUUUCCUUCCUGGAGCCCAGGCUGGGAGGGAGAAGCUCCGUGGCCCGAGGGUAUCAGAGGGGCACAGAUCCUGGCCUGGCAGCAGCUCAGGUGCAGUUUGACCCGAGAUAACUCAGUGCCUCCUCUCCUCCCUUAUCAGGCAAUCCAAACCCAUCUGGCUGUCACAGAGAUAAGGGGGUGAAAGGUCCAAGUGCACAGCAGGGGAGAGGUGCAGAACGGUGCCAAGUGCACUGUGCGGGGGCUGUGGGUACAAGAUUACAACAAAAUAACCUGGAAUUUGGGGAGCCCUCAGCCCAGUCCCCUCCAGACAAGGAAAAUGCCUGCUUUGUCAUAAAAAUGGCAAAAAGAGGCAAUUCCUGUCUCAAGGUAAAUUGGAGAGAGGAGAAUUCUUUCUCUUGUGACAUCCCUGACCAGCCUGAAAUCUUCCUGGCCUGAAGCAAAGAAAAUGCACCUGGAUGUGGGCCUGGCUCCGUGCGGGCAGGGGAGUCCUAAAGCCAAAGACUGUGUGGCUGCUGGCAGAAACGAGUGCUGUAGAUUCACCUGAUGUUGUUCUCUCGUGUUUACAAUAUUUAUUUUAGCAAUUGACUGCAAUGAUAUUAUAUAUAGGCUUCCUUAUUUUUGUACUUUUCAUACCUGAGUGUGGUGUUGUACUGCUCAGCUCCCCUCGGCCACCACUGCUGCUCCUCAGUGACAAUAAAGCAGAGAAAAACAACCACCA